CUGGAGUGCUUAUUACCACUUGUUCUAGUUAAUUUAAGAAAUAAUUAUAUUAUCGAUGUAAAAUUAUGCUUUUAUUUGGGCGAUUAGCUUAAAACAAUUUUUUUGUGAUAAUGACGUUAUGUUUUAGAUUUAAUAAAAGAAAAGCGUUUUUAAUUUUUACGUUAUGGAGCAGUUUUGGACAAAUAAUAGCACAAUUAAACAUACUAGAGCAAGAUGUAAGUGGUCCAUGUGCCGAUUUUCGAGUAGGAGAUGACGAUUUACAAGCUUUCGAUUUUAUUCGACAAUUUCGCUUAGAUCUGUUGGAAACUCAAUAUUCAGGUGUGAGCAAAGUUACAGGAUCUAGCUCAUUACAAACGGCUUAUCGAUUGGAACAACAUUCAGAUUUAACUAUACCAACUAGAAAUGUAUUUCCACUGGGUCUUCCAGAGCAGUUUUCGUUGAUUUCCACAUUCAGAGCAAGAAGAAUUUCCAAACAAACAUGGCACAUGAUUCGCAUAACAAAUCUAGAACAGCGACCGCAAUUUUUUGUUGCGUUAAACCCCAGGCAACAGAGUAUCGACUUUUCUAUUUCGAAUUAUGAAGGGCGUUUGAAAACCUUAAGAUUCCAUAACGCUAAGGUAUUUGAUCGAAACUGGCACAAAAUUCAUUUUGGAGUUUUUAGAGAUAAAGUUUCAUUGUUCGUGGAUUGCAAAAAUAUGCAGGAACACAACAUGGAACCCCGCGGGCCAAUUGAUAUUAAUGGCAAUAUAUCCAUUUCAAAAUUUGCCAAUUCUAAGGAAACAGUACCUAUUGACUUACAAUGGAUGAUGAUGAGCUGCGAUCCUACCAAACCCCAAAGGGAAACUUGUCCUGAAAUUCCAUCAUAUAACGUGGCUCAUCUCGAACCACUUCCACCGACGUUCUUACCUAGUCCAACCUUAACAGCUGCACCACCAAGGGAAAGACCUUGCGAUAUUGUCUGCCCAAGAGGACUUCCCGGAUAUAAUGGAACAGACGGUUAUCCAGGAGAAAGGGGGCUACCAGGCUUACCAGGUUUGCCAGGACCACAAGGACCUAGAGGAGAGAGGGGCGAAUUCGGUCGCCCUGGAUAUCCUGAAAUAUCCGGAUCAACAGUGGUCCAAGGAAAUAAAGAUUUUCCACUUCUACUUGGGCUAAAGGGAGCGAGAGGUCUUCCGGGACCUAGAGGUACCCCAGGAUUACAAGGUCUUCCUGGUAUAAAAGGAGUGCCUGGAAGUGUAGGGCCAGCAGGUCUACCAGGAAAUCAAGGACCUAUUGGACCCAAAGGGAGCAAGGGUGAUUAUGGAGUCCCAGGACCGAAAGGCGAGAGAGGCUAUGAUGGAGUUCCAGGUCUUCCUGGAUCAAUUGGGCCCCAAGGCCCUCCUGGACCUCCCGGUAAAACUAUUACCAGCCAAGAAUCCUCGGUUGUGGUGGAAGGACCUCCUGGACCCAUGGGACCUAGAGGAGUUCCGGGAUUACCGGGUGAAGAUGGGCAACCUGGACCAAGAGGACCACCUGGUAACCCCGGAAAAGAUGGACAAGAGGGUAUUAGAGGUCCGAUAGGCUAUAAAGGAGAUAAAGGUGAACAAGGAUUGCGAGGAGAAAGAGGCUAUCCUGGUCCACCGGGACCUUCGGGUCUAAUAGGUGAGAGUUUUGGCGCUUCAGGGCAAAUACCAAUUCCUGGUCCUCAAGGACCUCGUGGAGAACCUGGGUUUUCUGGUCCAGUCGGGCCAAAAGGUUCUCAAGGGGAACCUGGCCCUAAAGGUGAUGAAGGACCUAGAGGUUUUCCAGGUCUGCCAGGGAUAGAUGGUGCAAGAGGUGUCCCCGGAAAAGAGGGACCUCCUGGAGUUGAAGGACCAAAGGGUAUGACUGGUUUUAUUGGACCGCCAGGAACUCCAGGUCCUAUUGGUCCUUCAGGGCCUCAGGGCAUACAGGGUCUGAUUGGACCAGUUGGACCCGAAGGAGUAAAAGGCGAGCCUGGUGAACCAGGAAGACCCGGACUACCUGGGUCUAUAGCGGACAUAGGGGAAAGGGGGCUACCUGGACCGCCAGGAAAGACAGGAUCACCAGGAGAAACUGGAGAAAAAGGAGAAAGGGGAUUUCCUGGACUACCAGGACCUCCGGGGCUAACGGGAAUCGCUGGGCCUCCUGGUCCAGAAGGUCUUAAAGGUCCUACGGGACCACAGGGACCAGUUGGUUCAAAAGGAGAACCAGGAGUUCGGGGCUAUUCAGGUUUAAUGGGACCUCCGGGGACUGAUGGGAUUCCAGGUUUACCUGGUAGCCCUGGUCAAAAAGGAGAUAGAGGAGAGCCCGGUUUAGAAGGACCUAUUGGUCCGAGAGGGUAUCCUGGAAAUCAGGGGAAUAAUGGUGUGCCAGGACCACAAGGCCUACCAGGUUUACCUGGACCAGAAGGAAAACCCGGACCGGCAGGUCCACCAGGUCCUCCUGGUGAUGUUAAAGUUGUAUCAGAAUACCGCGAAGGCAAUGGAGAAUACUCUUAUAGAGGGGGCGUGCAUGGACCCAGAGGAGUUCCGGGAGUUCCAGGGGCGGCUGGUGCUCGUGGUCCUACGGGAGAAAGAGGAGUACCAGGACCAAUGGGACCAGCUGGGUAUCCAGGUAAAGAUGGUGCACCGGGAGUGCCCGGACCCCCUGGACAACGCGGACAAACUGGACUUCCCGGAUUACCAGGACAGCCAGGAAGAAGCUAUUCUGAAAUGGAAAUUCGGGAUAUUUGUGCCGCAGUAUUGAGAGAUCAAUUGGCUGACCUUACGGCAAAUCUUAUAGGACCUCCUGGACCUCCAGGUGCAUCAACCCGUGGAAGACCAGGCUCUCCGGGCAUUCCAGGACCUAUAGGUGCUCCCGGUGCUCCAGGUCUACCAGGUGAACGAGGAUUUAUGGGUCUCCCAGGAGCCUCAGGACCACCUGGAUCCAUCGGAAUGCCUGGUGAAAAGGGAGAAAAAGGAGAAAGAGGAUUAGAGGGCAUUGGAUUAGAAGGCCCCGUUGGACUUAGAGGAUUGCCUGGUCCACCAGGAGUUCCGGGAGAGGGGCUCCCUGGCAGAGCCGGAGAUAGAGGUGAACCAGGUCGACCUGGUUCUCCCGGACAGCAAGGCUUGCCUGGUCCACAGGGUCCUCCUGGGUAUUGCGAGUUUUGUAAUAAUUAUGAAACGGCAGCGCAAAAUUACCAACAAAUGUACGCUGCUUACGUGGCAGCCAGAAAUGGUGGCAACAAUAAGGGGCCGUGACUUUUUAAUAUUUAAAUUUUUUAAGUUUUUAAUAUGGUUUAUUUUCGACUAAUAAAACAAUGUAUAUAUUAUA